UGGAAAACAUGUCUUCAUACCUAGGAUUCCAUUAUAACCAGUUGAAAAUGAAGGUUAUCCAUUCAUUUUCAAACGCAAACAAUUCCCAAUUAGACUUUGUUUUGCCAUGAUCAUCAAUAAAGCACAAGGACAGACCAUCUCAAACGUUGGAAUCUAUUUGCCUCAAUCUGUGUUCUCGCACGGCCAAUUAUAUGUUGCACUCUCCAUGGGAACUUCGAUGCAUAUGACGAAAGUCUUAAUAAAACCACCCAUCACGAGUUCACAACAAAAUGGAAGAACUAAAAAUGUGGUCUACAAACAAGUUUUACGUGCAGGAUAUGACUAUAAUGAUGAAAGUCUCCCAUAAGUACAAAGUUCACGUCUGGGGAGAAUAUAAGGUUGUGGGUGGGAGAUGGUGGAUAUGCAUGAAAUGGUGCCCGGGAGGCAUUCCAACAGAUAUGUGGGGUGCACUCGAUCUGUUUCUAUUGUUACAAAUUCGCCAAUCAUUUAUCGACCAACAGCAACAAAUUCAUCCUCAAUAUCAAGAUCAACAGGUCAAAAAAGCAAAUCCCACUAGCUCACAAUUAGGAUCGAUUUUCGAGGCUCAGUUCAAGCCUAUGCAAUAGCCAAUGAGCCAGCUGCAGAAUUUCCUUUUUUAUACAAUUUUUUAUCUUCGUGAAAAAAUCUUGUGAAACCAGCAAAUUUUUAUGAUGUUUGUAUAAGUUAUAGUUCUUCUCAGAUUCUUCAUUCUAUCACCUCCCUGUUUUUUACAUCUCGUUUUCUUUGUAUUAAUUUCCUUCAUAGUUUUAUUUUUAUUCUGUCACUUCUUUCAUACAUACUACUGUCGUUUCCUCUUUCUUGUUCGGCGUGAAGGAAUAAUUAGGAAUUUGUUUUAAUGUAAUUAUACUUGAUUUUUUGUUUAUUGUAAGUAAAUUGCAACAUCAACAAUUUUCAUUCAAUUAUUUUGUUUUUG